AUGGCAGCGAAGGGCGGCGUGAUCAUGGACGUGAUGAACCCGGAGCAAGCCAAGAUCGCCGAGGCGGCCGGGGCUUGCGCCGUCAUGGCGUUGGAGCGGAUCCCCGCCGACAUCCGCACUCAGAAGGGCGUGGCCCGCAUGUCCGACCCGAAGAUGAUCAAGGAGAUCAUCAAUGCGGUGUCCAUCCCGGUGAUGGCGAAGUGCCGCAUCGGCCACUUCGUGGAGGCGCAGAUCCUCCAAGAACUCGGCGUCGACUGCAUCGACGAGAGCGAGGUGCUGACGGUGGCGGACCACCACAACCACGUCAACAAGAACAAGUUCAAGGUGCCCUUCGUGUGCGGCUGCAGGAACCUGGGCGAGGCGCUGCGGCGCAUCGCCGAGGGGGCCAGCAUGAUCCGUACGAAGGGUGAGGCCGGCACCGGCGACGUCAACUCUGCCGUCCUCCACGUGCGCACCUUGCACAAGGAGAUCCGGGCCGUCCAGAUGAUGGAUGAAGACGAGCUCUUCACGCACGCCAAGGAGAUCGGCGCGCCAGUUGAGCUCCUGAGGCAGGUGAAGAAGGACGGCAAGUUGCCCGUCGUCAAUUUCGCGGCGGGGGGCGUGGCGACUCCCGCGGACGCCGCGUUGUGCAUGCAGCUGGGCGUGGAGGGCGUCUUCGUUGGCAGCGGCAUCUAG